UAUAAUAAAGAGUUGAAAUUAAAAGAUAAAAAAAGAAAUCCCAUUCGGAUUAUUUCUUUCGCUUAGCUGUAAAGAGUUUAAUGCAUGGCAUUCGUGCAAAUUCCAGCAAUAUUAGGCUUUCAUGAAUCAUCUCAAGACACUCGUUUAAAAUCCCGGCGUUUCGACGCGAAUUAAUUUUGGAUAAUCAGAACGCAAGUGCAAAUUGAUCUUAAUGAAAGAAGAGUGACAGAGAAAUACCCAUUUUUGUGAUGUUCCCUUCGGACUGCGGAGUUCAAUAACUAAAAUCACGGCGUUCACUCCAGAAAUGUUUAACAUCACCGGACUACAUUUGAAUUUCACCGAAGGAAAUUUUUCCUUGGUGAACAGGACAGAGGACGGGUCUCACCCGCACUUGACAGACGCCUGGCUUGUGCCUCUCUUUUUUGCUCUAAUUAUGCUGGUAGGACUUAUCGGAAACUCUUUAGUUAUUUACGUCAUCUCGAAGCACAGACAGAUGAGGACCGCUACCAACUUCUACAUAGCAAAUUUAGCUUCUACAGACAUUAUUUUCCUCCUCUGCUGUGUUCCUUUCACUGCUACUCUCUACCCACUCCCAAGUUGGAUAUUUGGAGAUUUUAUGUGCAAGUUUGUGGCCUUCCUUCAACAGGUCACAGUUCAAGCUACUUGCAUCACACUAUCAGCUAUGAGCGGAGACCGCUGCUAUGCAACAGUUUAUCCUUUGAAAUCUCUGCGCCAUCGAACACCACGAGUAGCCAUGAUUGUCAGCAUUUGUAUCUGGAUUGGUUCUUUCAUUUUAUCAACUCCAAUUAUUAUGUAUCAGAAGACUCAAGAAGGCUAUUGGUAUGGACCAAGAACUUACUGCAUAGAAACGUUCCCAUCAGAAACGCAUAAGAAAGUCUUCAUUCUGUACCACUUCUUGGCGGUGUAUCUGCUCCCACUCCUCACAAUCUCUCUCUGCUAUUCUUUUAUGUUAAAGAGAGUUGGACAACCAGUUGUAGAACCAGUGGACAAUAAUUACCAGGUACAGCUUCUCUCUGAGAGAACCAUUGCCAUGCGAAGCAAGAUUUCUAAAAUGGUUGUUGUAAUUGUCUUGCUUUUUACUAUCUGCUGGGGUCCAAUACAGCUCUUCACUUUGUUUCAAGCUUUCUACCCAAAGUUCCAAGCCAACUAUGCCACCUAUAAGAUAAAGACCUGGGCCAACUGCAUGUCAUAUGCUAAUUCUUCUAUCAACCCUAUUGUGUAUGGCUUCAUGGGAGCAAGCUUCCGAAAAUCAUUCAAAAAAGCCUUUCCUUUCAUGUUCAGACGUAAGGUUAGAGAUGGAAGCAUGGCAUCAGGAACAGUGAAUGCAGAAAUGAAAUUUAUUGCUACAGAAGUCACCCAGAAUGAACAGAAAUAAUAUAUUUAAUAAAUUUAAAAAAUAUGAAAAGCUGUACAUGGGGAACAAUUGAAUAUCAUUUGUCAAAAGCAUAUGCAGUUAAUGAUGAAUUCAUUACAGUACAGUGCAUUAGACCUCCAAAUACACUUUGAAAGCUGAACGACAGUACUGUCAUUAACUGCCAGAGUAAAAUAAGCAAAGGUUAUCAAAGACUUGCAAAUGCAAAUGUGAAUAUUUUCUGAACCUGUGGUUCUGAGGCGUACUUAUAAUGACAAAUAAGUGACCUGAACUGAGUAUACCAACAGCCUCUCCAACAAAAUGAUUCAAACUCAGCUAAGUAAAUAUAUUCAGUAAACAUGUUUCUGGUAAACUUUCCAAGUUGAUUGUUUUAUAAGGGUAAAACCAUUUAACAAAGAAAAACUAAAAAGUUAAUCAACUGCCACUCUUGUUAAAUGGUAAUUUGACUUGAAUACUAUUCAGAGAAAUUUACUUUCCAGUGAACUAUAAUAAAGGUUACCUGUUCACAAUCUUGACCAA